CGUUAGCGUGAAGGUGUCGUGCCGACGAGUUGCCCGGCAUGCUAGCGCGCAGCUCGGCUCCCUGACGCGCAGGAUGGCAGCGCGCCGCGCAGCCGCCGCGCACAUAAACAACUGUGAUAAAUUAACUUAAUUUUUUUCAUAGACGUAGUAUAGAUAACCCGUCCUUGACUAGACUUUGAGAGACAGUGUUGUGUGAAGCCGCCCAUAUGAUCGUCCCAAUGGCAGCGUACGCACAAUUCGGCUAUUCGUACCCAUCCGCCUCGCAGUUGCUGGUGGGCAGCAGCGGGGCGGGCAACGGCGGAGCGGCAACUUCACCUGAUGGAGGCUCAAGCUCCGCGCCGCCCUUAUCGCCUGGUGGCUCAGGGGUAGUCGGAGGAGCCUUAUCCCCAGGCGCUGGAAGCCAUGCCAGCACACCUGCUGCGUCCUGCUGCGACACGCCAAGGCCUAUCAUCACCGACCCAGUAUCGGGACAGACGGUCUGCUCCUGUCAAUAUGAUGGAGCAAGGCUGGCAUUGACCUCGUAUCCAAGACUAUCGAGUGCAGCAGUUGGUGUUUACGGGGCUCCAUAUCCAUCAACGGAUCAGAACCCUUACCCCAGUAUUGGCGUCGACAGCUCAGCCUUCUAUUCACCAUUGAGCAACCCGUACGCGCUCAAGGAAAGUGGCGGCGAGAUGUCAGCGUGGACGUCAGCAGGCCUUCAACCCUCCGGCGGCUACUACCCUUACGACCCGACUCUGGCUGCGUAUGGAUAUGGUGCUGGGUACGAUUUAGCAGCCAGGCGAAAAAACGCGACACGAGAGUCGACUGCUACGCUCAAGGCGUGGUUGAACGAGCACAAGAAAAAUCCUUACCCAACUAAGGGCGAGAAGAUAAUGCUCGCGAUCAUCACGAAGAUGACCCUCACACAAGUGUCAACAUGGUUCGCGAACGCGCGCCGACGUCUCAAGAAGGAAAACAAGAUGACGUGGGAGCCGAAGAACAAGACCGAUGAUGACGACGAUACGAUGCUCUCCGACGAGGAGAAGGAACAAGAGGAUAAAAUAAAAACUAACAAAGAUGAGGAAAGGAAGGGCGACGAGUUGCUGCAGGGGAUGCAUAGCCAGCUGCUUGGUUACGGAAUAAAGGAGGAGUCAAAGCGAGGAACUUCGGAUUGUGGAGUGCCGAUACCGGCGUCCAAGCCGAAGAUAUGGUCACUAGCAGAUACGGCAGCUUGUAAAACGCCGCCACCCGCAGCACAGCCGUGGCCCCAGCAUGGUUACGGACCUGGACCUGAGCGAGCUGUAGCUGGCGAUGGCAGCUCUAAUGGAUUCGCUUUACCUGCGACAGCGGCGGCAAGUCCAGCUAGCGGCUCUUAUGGCCGGUACGGUGGCUUUCCCGGUGCCCAAUAUGGAGGCCAGCACCCUUGCGUGCACCCAGCUGCCUUUCCUGAUGUUCAAACAGACACUCCACCCCAGACGCCACCCAACAUGAAAGUGCCCAGCGUAGCAAAUCCGCUCGGUAGUGGUGGUGGCUCUGGAUACUGCUUUCCACGGCACCAACAGUCACCACAGCGCGACCCCUACCACAACCCCCACCAUGCUAAUAAUCACCAGCCCAAUCAACAUCACGAAAGCUCGGCUGCCUUCAAACCCUUUUAUAAAAGGUAAGCCGAGUGAAACCUGGGUCGCUGCUCCGCCCUCGGCUAGGGACUGUUGGAAUGGUCACAGUGGCACAGUGUUUCCUAUACGAUCAACGAAGCGAGCGAUUUAGAAAUGUUGACAUGUCCGUGCAAAGACGAGACGCGUUACAAUGUAAAUUAAUUUCAUAAAAUUCGGUUAUCGUGUAGAAUAAUUAUUUUCAAAUAUCUAAAUUAAAAUGCACAGAUUAUUGUAAUGUAUAAAGUAUCUUGUUGAUUUGUACUUAAAAAUUUAAUUUCAUGUGAUCUAGAUAACGGUUGUCCUUAGAAAUUAAAUCAUUGUAUUGAAAAAAAAAAACGGUUGCUCAGUAUUUUUAUAGAUAUAAGAAUAUUCUGAAAAUAAUAUCUAUCCAAGUUAUUUAUGAUUAGAAUACACGAAAUGCGCAAUUACGUGUGAAACUUGACUAGCCAUUGGAUUUAGUAAAUUGUAAAUUAUGUUUUAUUUUAAUUGUCAAGUAUGUUAAUAUUAAGGAUUUAUUAAUGUUUUCUGCGUUCUUCCAAUUAAAGAGUUAUAUUCGAAACGAUACGAAUGCUUUUUUCUGAGCUAAGUUUACGCGCUCGGUUUACUUGACGAUAUAAUAUUAAUUUUACAACCGGAAUUAGAGUCGAACUGUCCAUCGUCACUAACGAUCAUUGUAAAUAGAACGGAGCUGUGUAGAUUUUUUAUAUUAUUUAGUUUCACAUCAAGUGUACAAAGUAAUUAAUACUGUUUUUUCCACGUCCCACGUUAUAUACGUCGGAUUUAUAAAUAUUGUUUAAAAGUAUUAUUAGAAGUAUAUGUAAAUAGGUUUAUUCUGAAUAUAUUUUAUUUUAAAUAAA